GCUAUAAAAGGAGGGACGCGCACAGGCUCCGUUCACUCAUCAUCCAGACCGGAGCACGCGGAGGUAAGAGAUGCGCCACGCGGUUUCUCCGCACGUGAAGGGCAAAGUUGGCGCAAACAGCCUUCACUCCACAUCUGGACUCGUCUCUUCCACCCCAGCUGGCUGUUGCCGCGUCAAGAUGCCUCUUUGGUGCAACUCGUGCAGGCGUCACGUGCGCGCUGCGUGCGGCUCUCAUCCCUCUCAUCCGCGGCCCGGGGAUCAGCGCGGCUUCAGGUCAGUGGAACCCCUCUUCCUCUCUGCUCCACGUCCUCUAGUGGCUGAAGCAACAAAUGGCCGCUGAUAAAAAAAAAAAAAAAAACGAGACCCCGCUCUGCUGGGUGCCGUGCACGCGCCGCGGGGAGCUCUUAAUCCAGUUUUCUCCCGUCUGCAGCCCCUCUACAUGAUGCGAUACAUACUAAUCCAGACGCGCUGUCUGUGAAUAUCAGGCCCGACCACGCGAGGCCCCAUCGGGUCGCUCUCAUGCAAGAAACUCACUUAAUAUUAGCGACAAUCAUAAACUUAAAGGGAAUUUCUUUUUUUAUUAAGUUAUUUUUUUUAGGUUGUGAUUUUAUAGCAAACAGAUCUCCUUGUGUGGCACUUUGUGUGCGCUUGUGACGUGGGACGCCCCACUCCACAGACACCCACUUUAUAAGGCGAGGAAGGCAGCAGCAGAAGCCCAGCCUCCCCCUUUGUGAGCGACGCCCACGCCGGAGCCCUGGCGGCUAUAAAAGCCCCGGGCUCAGCGUGGAUGAACCCACACAGAUACUGAUCACACGGACGAAGUCUGCCGAGAGGCACGCGCUGCUGCCGCUGCAGACACCACAGCCUCUCACAUCAGCAGUUUCCAUAGGAACCUUUGUUAUUCGGCUCGCGGGGAACAGGCACCGGGCUCGAUUUUGAAGAGGCUUGAUCAUUACGGGCCAAUUACUCUGUUUUGUCUUGCUUUGAUUUUCGGGUCAAACCGGGCGCACGGAGGAGAAUGACUCCUUUUCAAACUAGCGCGUGACUCCCCCGUCGCCCCCUUUUUCUCCUCUAAUCUCCGACCCCGGCCAUGACCAUGGUCCCUCACAGAUCCACCAAGGGAGCGUCCAAAGCGCGACGGGACCACAUCAACCGCGAGAUCCGCAACAUGCGCGGCCUGCUGCCCAUCGCCCACGACGACCAGGAGCGCCUGUCCUACCUGCACUCCAUGGCCGCCGUCUGCACCUACAUCAGGAAGUCCGUCCUCCUCCGGGGGCUCCAGACGGAGGAGCGCUGGCGCUGCCCUCUGCCCAGCGAGGCCUUCCUCCGGGCGCUGCACGGCUUCGUCCUGGUCACCACGGCGCAGGGGAAGCUGCUGUACGUGUCCGAGAACGUGGACCGGUACCUGGGCGUCUCCAUGGUGGAUGUGCUUCAAGGCGACUCCGUCUACGACAUGGUGGAGCGCUCGGACGUCGACGUGGUCAAAUCCAACCUGGACACGGAACGCAGCUGGUCGCCAGAAAGGAGCUUUAUAUGUUGCAUGCGAACCUCCAAGGCCUUCAAGCUGCAGCACGGCAGCUGCUGCUCCAUGCUGGUGAGGGGCAGCUUCCAGCCCCCGUCCUCGUCCUCAUCCUCGUCUUCAUCCUCGGCCCAGCCUCUGUUCGUGGCCCUCUGCACCCCCACGGUGAACCGCUGCGGCGGCUCCGACGCCCGCUUCUGUCUCAGCUUCAGCAGCGCCCACGGGCCGGACAUGACCUUCACGCGCCUGUCGGACAGCGUGGUGCAUUUUUUGGGCUUCUCCGCGGAGGAACUGGCCGGUCGCUCGUGGUACAGUCUCGUCCACCCUGAAGACCUGUUGCAAAGCGCAGACUCUCAUAGAAGUUUAGUGCAGGCAGAGGAGGACUUUGAGGUAGAGAUGGUGCUGAGGCUCCAGGGCAAAGACCUGUCGUGGGCCUGGGUCUACAUUCAAGCGCAGAAGGACUCCACCUCCAUCAGCUGCACCAACUUCAUCAUCAGUGAAACGGAGGGCAGGUUUCUGCAGAGGAAAAUCAGCAGCGACGCCUUCAGGCCGUCGCCUCCGGUCACUUCCUGCCCUUUUGCAGCCCAACAGGCGCCGCAUGCGAGGUGCUCCAGCGGCGCCCGCUGCCCGAAAAGGCAGCGGUCGCUCAGCAGCCAAAGCGAGGGGCCGGCGCUCAAAGCCAGGAGGCCGUCGGGGGAGGACGGACACUACGCCUCGUGCGCCUCCUCCCACGGCGACGGCUCGCCUGUUUCCCUGGGUGACGGCGCCGCUCUCUUCACCCCCCCCUACAGCCCGGCCUCCUCCAGCUCGCCUCCGCAGGACGAGCUCAGCCGCGAGCUGCUGAUGGAUGUGCAUGGAUACGCCGAUCCGCCGCUCUCCUCCCCCGAGGGCUCUCCCUCCUAUUACUGCUACCCGGAGGCGGUGCUCGCCUGCCGCCGCUCCCCCGCCGCCCCGCUCCCCGCGGCCGCUGAACAAACCUUCGAGCAGACGGCCUUCGUCUUGCUCCCGACCCCCUCUCCGCUACCCUCCCCGUCUCCGGCCUACGAUUUCCAGGCCUGUACAUCAGAUGCUCGAUUAGUUCCGGACGGCCUAUCUGUGUCGGACAUGUGUGCGAGUCCGCUGGACUGUGCUUUGCAUCGUGACGACUUCAGCCUCCUGGAGCCGCCACAAGAGGGCGCCCUGGCGCAGUUCCACCAUGUUCCCCAGCACGCGGUGCCCGUUCCCCCCGGUCUGCUCACACCCAGCCAGUCUCCCACGUCUGCAGAGUCCAACCAGUACAGCGAGAGGGAGCAGGCGGAGAUCAGCAUCCUAGCGGAGCAGAUCUCCUCUCUGGCCAGUAACUUUGACAUGUACCACGCCCUGAACCCGCUUCAGAACCCGCUUCAGAACCCGCUUCAGAACGUGCCCAGCGACGAGCUGCCCUCAGCCUGCAAAUGGCCCGGCCACGCGCCUCUCCUCCUCGCCCGCCCCCUCAAGGCCGAGCUCGUCCUCGACGACGGCGUCUUCGACAGCAUCCUCAAGGAGCUGGACAUGGCCGCCGGGAAGAGCAGCGCGCCCGGCGCCGGCGAGGCGUCGUUCGGGUACGAGCGCGGCCCAGCGCUGCAGCCGCUGGUGCAGGAGCACGAGCACGCGGGCCCCGAGGACCCGCCUCCAGCGGGCCCCUUCACACCCAUGGAAGCCUUCAGCGUGCAGAUGGGACACCCUGACCACAACUCUGGGUUGCAUCAACUCAACCACUUCAUGCAAAGUGGCCUUCAGCAAGAUGGACUCACUGAAGACAAUCUCUACUGAAAUAAGUCUGUGACUUACUGCACUAAUACUUGUAUGACAUAUUGUCAGGGCAAUCUUCCUGCACUGGAUUCAAAGAGUACCGUGUGCAAAGACAUUUAAAGGACGUCUUUGCUAACACACAUUUCCCCAAAUGACUUAUUUCCGAAUGUAGAACUGAAUCUAAAGUAGAUCCUGUUCUGCAGAGCUCAGUCUUCAUUUCUACGGCUGCUACCGCUGCCUUAGGUUUGAUGUGAGAAGGUACUUGAAUGCCAGCGGACUGAAACCAAGGUAUGUUUUUGUCUAAUGUCUAAUAUGAGUGACCACAGUUUACUAUUGAGCACUUUAUCAAUGUCACUUUUAAAAGCGAAGGUGCUAAGAAGUGUUCCCCAGCCUCUCGAGUGCUCUAAACGCAUCAAUCACUGCUGGUGACAACCAGGGGUUCGUAUCAACCUGUUCCCAGGUGCCUUAAAACAAGACCUUUACCAGGUUUCCUCUAAAUUAAUAGGAAUUAACUGUCCAUCGUUCACAGUCAUUUUCACAGUGGGCCGUCAGUGGAUUCAUGCUGUUCUGCUCUCAGCCAGCGGCCACAUAAUAAUGAUUGUAAUUCCAACUCCUACCUCAGUGGUUUAUCUACAUACAUUCCAUAAUAAUGCUAUUAAUCCUUUUGUAUUUAUUUGUUUUAUACUGACAACAUGAAUUGUAAGAUGACUGAUUUAUUGCAGAUGUUUUUUUUUUCAUGGUACUGGAUCUGUAAAUGUCAGAAUGUUCAUUGUAAAUAAAGCAUUGCAAUACACGUGA